AUGGCUCAUGUUUGGAGUGGUGGAGGAGACAUUUCUAAGGAAGGAGUGGGCCAUAUGAGCUUUCUCGAACUGUCGGCUUUCGACCCCAUCUUCUGGUUACAUCACAAUUUCAUCGACAUGAUCUUGGCGAUCUGGCAGACUGAGACUAAGAACAAGUUGGUCUUAUUGUCACACUAUGAGUUCUCUUCACUGACGCUAUCCAGUUUCUGGUUCGAUAACUUGGAACCCGGCGACCCCAACGCAACCGAUCCCCUAUUGCAAUUCUACACGGCCGAUGAGCAGCCUUUCACCAAUGAUAUCAAAGACUGGACGGUCUUCAACUACACACACGACAUUCUGGCUCCCAAGCCUUCGCAGAUGAAGCCCGACGGCAGCUUGGACGAGGAGAAGCACCUCGCUGACCUUGCCGCAGAAAUUAACAAGCGCUAUUCCACAUCUUGCUCGGAGGUGCUCUCAGCCCGGAGCAUGCGUGCCGAAGCCGCACCACAGUCGCCUCACUACAUCAUCAAUGUCACCUACGACAAACACGCCCUGAAGGAGCUAUAUAGCAUCCACCUCUUCGCGGGCCCGCUCGACCUGGCCUACGACUCGGACCGCGCCCAGCCUAACCGUCUCGGCACCGUCUUCACGUUCUCGCGCUUCAACCCGGCCGAGACGUGUGCCAGCUGCAAGGGCCAGAUCAACCAGGGCGAUCUGUCUACCGGACAGAUCCCGAUCAUGGGCGCCAUGACCAAGGACGUGGAGGACCCCUUCGUGGCGGACGCAGACGGUAUGGAUCCGGACAGGAUAGGACGCUACCUGGAGCGCUUCCUGGUCUGGAAGAUCGUGACGCUCACUGGGCGCGAGGUCCAGCCAGGAGACGUGCCCGGCCUGAAAAUCACGGUCUUUGCCGGGCGCGCCGAACAUUCGCACGCCACCGACCACUUGUCUGCCUACAGCAACUACAAGCCGGUCUUCAGAGCGACGGCUGGGAAGCCAGGGGGCGCGUCUGAAGAACUGGGUGCGUAUUGA